GAAGAGGUUUCUGUUCUUUUCUUCUCUUUUUUUUUUUUUCUUUCUUUAUUUUUUCAUUUUUUUCAUUCUCGCUUCCUUUGGAUUUGACCUUUAUUCGACAUGAUCAAUCAUCCUACUAUUAGUGUUCUUUUCGUUUGUUUAGGUAAUAUUUGCCGUUCUCCUAUGGCGGAAGCUGUCUUCGCUCAUAUUGUUCAACAACAUCAAUUGACGGAACGUUUUAAAAAGAUCGACUCGGCAGGAACGGCUGGAUAUCAUGUAGGAAGCAAACCAGAUAGUCGUAGUGCGGCCACCUGUGAAAAAUACGGCGCUGCUGUCAAUCAUCGAGCACAAAAGGUGACUACCCAACAUUUCAAAGAAUUCGAUUAUAUCCUUUGUAUGGAUGAAUCAAAUUUGGAAGACUUACUGAACAAAAAACCUGCUGGAUCAAAGGCGGUGAUAUCCUUAUUUGGUGAAUUUGACCCACAAGGAGAACGUAUUAUCCAAGAUCCAUACUAUGGUGGUAUUGAUGGCUUUGAACACAACUUUAAGCAAGUCACUCGGGCUAGUGAAGGUUUUUUGAAACAUCUUGGUAUGUUGUAGUUUAGAAUUAUUCAAUGUAGUUUAGUGGUUAUAAUUGUGUAUAGCCCAUUAGUCUAGUUAGAUCAUUAUAGAUUGUCAAUUGUAACAGUAGAAUUCUUUUUUUUUUUUUAUGAUUGAUUGAAUAACCAUCAAUAAAACGCGCGGGCUUGAUGACC